CCUGUGGCAUAUGGAAUUUCCCUGGCUAGGGGUUGAAUCAGAGCUACAGCGGCCAUACUACACCACAGCCACAGCAACAUGGGAUCCAGUCCACGUCUGUGACCUACACCACAGCUCACGGCAACAGUGGAUCCUUAACUCACUGAGUGAGGCCAGGGAUCCAACGCACAUCCUCAUGGAUCCUAGUCGGGCUCAUUACCGCUGAGCCACAGGGGGAAUUUCCUACUAGACUUUUUUGAUAUACUUGUAUGAAAACAAGUUCUAUUCAUUCUUUACUGACAGGAUUCUUAAAAAUUUAUCAAAUCUGCCUUAAUUUAUCAGCCUUUAAAUUUAGAUUUCAAAGCUACCUCAUCUAAUUUGGUACUACUUACAUUUAGUAAUCUUAUAUUUUUUCUAUUGUUUAUACUGUAACUAAUGUAAACGAAAAUUACAUCACUCUGUCACCUGAAUAAUAAAAUUAGUGUUACUGUUUCUAUUAGUUUCAUUACAGCAUUGUAUUUAUUUUCAUAUUGCACUCUUCAGAAAAUACAAACUAUGUUAUAUAGAAGAAAUUAGCCGUAAUUAGAAAGUAUAAAAAAUGUAUCCCAAAUGGAGUAUGUACAAUAUAUUUUGUAAAAGGAUCUGAACUCUGCUAUGAUUCAGAUCAUUUUUAGAAUAACAUACAAUAAAAUGAUUGUGUAAACUGAAGUCAAAUAUUUUCCCACAUAUGUAACGUUGACCUUUACACAGUCAAUGCCCCAUAAUCAGCCAACCUUGAUAAUGUCUAGGAGCACAUAUAUAUAUGAAAAGAUUAAAGGUGAAAGAAAAGCCUCUUGAACAAGCCAGCCCUGGGCCAGAACGACUCAAGAGGGAGGAUGGGUUUCUUCAGCUCUGUCCUCCUCUUGGUCCUACACCUGCUGCAAGGGUCCAGAACUUCCUUGGUUCAGCUGAACGCCAAUGGCUACGAGGGCGUCCUCAUUGCUAUAGACCCUGCUGUGCCAGAAGAUGAAACACUCAUCACAGAGAUAAAGGACAUGGUGACUGCUGCAUCUACAUACCUGUUUGAAGCCACAGAAAAAAGAUUCUAUUUCAAAAAUGUAUCAAUAUUAAUUCCAGAGAGCUGGAAGAACAUCACACAAUACAAGAGGCCAAAACAGGAAAGCUACAAACACGCUGAUGUCAUUGUUGCACCACCGACCGUCCCAGGUAGAGACGAGCCGUAUACCAAGCAGUUCACCGAGUGUGGAGAAAAAGCAGAAUACAUCCAUUUCACCCCCGACUUUGUACUCGGAAAAAAGCAAAAUGAAUUUGGACCAUCAGGCAAAGCACUUGUGCACGAGUGGGCCCAUCUCCGCUGGGGCGUGUUUGAUGAGUACAAUGAUGACGAGCCUUUCUACAGCGCGAAGUCAAAGAAAAUUGAAGCGACAAGGUGCUCAACAGGUAUUACUGGUAUAAACAGAGUUCAUAAGUGUCAAGGAGGCAGCUGUGCAACCAGGCCAUGCAGAACUGAUGCUAAUACAAAACUAUAUGAAAAAGAUUGUCAAUUCUUCCCUGAUAAAUAUCAAAUUGAAAAGACAUCCAUAAUGUUUAUGCAAGGUAUUGAUUCUGUCGCUGAGUUCUGUAAUGAAAAAAACCAUAACCGAGAAGCUCCAAGCCUACAGAAUAAAAAGUGCGAUUCCAGAAGCACCUGGGAGGUGAUCAGCAGCUCCGAGGAUUUUAAUAUCACAGAAGUAAUGGUGGCACCGCCCCCGGCACCCGUCUUCUCGUUGCUGAAGAUCAGUGAGAGAAUUGUGUGCUUAGUUCUCGAUAAGUCCGGAAGCAUGUCAAGUUCUAACCGCCUGAAUCGAAUGAAUCAAGCAGCAAAGUAUUUCCUCAUGCAGAUUGUUGAAAAUGGAUCCUGGGUGGGGAUGGUGCACUUUGACGGCACUGCCAGCAUCAGAAGUGAUCUAAUCCAAAUAACGGGCAGCAACGAAAGAGACAAGCUCUUGGGGAGCUUACCUACCACUGCUAAUGGAGGCACUUCUAUCUGCUCUGGGAUUCAAACAGCGUUUGAGGUGGUUAGAAAACUUUACUCACACACAGAUGGAUCUGAAAUAGUGCUGCUGACUGAUGGAGAAGACAACACUGCAGGUGCUUGUGUCAAUGAAGUGAAACAAAGUGGGGCCAUCAUUCAUUUUAUUGCUCUGGGACCAAGUGCUGAUAAAGCAGUCAUAGAGAUGAGCACGGCAACAGGAGGAGUCCAUUUUUAUGCUACAGAUGAAGCCGAGAACAAUGGCCUCAUUGAUGCUUUUGGGGCUCUCGCAUCAGGAAACACCGAUAUCUCUCAGCAGUCUCUUCAGCUUGAAAGCAAAGGACUGAAACUCAACAGUAAUGAGUGGUUGAAUGGCACUGUGAUAAUUGACAGCACCGUGGGAAAGGACACAUUCUUUCUUGUCACAUGGGUCCAACAACGUCCCGAUAUUUCUCUCUUGGAUCCCAAUGGAACACUGAUGGGAAGCUUCACAGUGGAUGCCGUUUCCAAAAUGGCCCAUCUCAGUAUUCCAGGAACUGCAAAGGUGGGUGUUUGGACUUACAGUCUUCAAGCAAAAGCAGACGCAGAAACAUUAACAAUUACAGUAAAUUCACAGGCAUCAAAUUCUGCUGUGCCCCCAAUCACAGUGAAUGCUAAAAUGAAUAAAGACACAAGCAGCUUCCCCAGCCCGAUGAUUGUCUAUGCAGAAAUUCUACAAGGGUAUAUCCCCAUUCUUGGAGCCGGUGUGACUGCUUUCAUUGAAUCAAAUACUGGGAAAAGAGAAGUUUUGGAACUUUUGGAUAACGGCGCAGGUGCUGAUUCUAUCAAGAAUGAUGGCGUCUACUCAAGAUAUUUUACGGCUUAUUCAGAAAAUGGCAGAUAUAGCUUAAAAGUACGGGCUCUUGGAGGAGCAAGUGCUGUCACACGAAACUUAAGGCAUCCAUUGAAUAGAGCUGCAUAUAUACCAGGCUGGGUAGUGAAUGGGGAAAUUGAAGAGAAUCCACCAAGACCUGAAAUUGAUGAGAACACUCAGACAAAUUUGGAGAGUUUCACCAGAACAGCAAUAGGAGGUGCAUUUGUGGUUUCAAAUGUUCCAAAUGGCCCCUUGCCUGACCUCUACCCACCGAGUCAAAUCACAGACCUGGAGGCCACCUCAGAUGAGGAUGAGAUCAGGAUAACAUGGACGGCACCGGGAGACGAUUUUGAUGUUGGAACAGUUGAACAGUAUAUCAUAAGAAUAAGCGGAAGUCUCUUGGAUCUAAGGGAUAAUUUUGACGACGCUCUGCAAAUAAACACUUCUGCUCUGUUACCAAGCGAGGCCAACACCAAGGAAAGCUUUGCAUUCAAACCAGGAAAUCUCUCAGAAGAAAAUGCAACCCACAUAUUCAUUGCCAUUCGAAGUGUGGAUAAAAGCAACUUGACAUCGAAAGUAUCCAACAUUGCGCAAGUAGCUUUGUUUACUCCCGAAGCAGAUUACACUCCUGACGACAGUCAUCCAGAUCCUGGUCCUGCUAAAUCCGGAGUCAGCAUCUCUACCUUGGUGCUGAUAGUGGUUGGCUCUGUAGUAAUCGUGAGCCUGAUUUUAAGUGUCACCAUUUGCAUCUUAAACAAGAACAGAAAUACUAGAAGACCUAGAACAGGGUUUUAAAAAACAUCAACAACAAAAGUAGAGGAUGUUUCUGAAUUUUAAAAUUUAUGAUAUAUGAUCAUGAACUCAUGCAAAUAAUUUUAAGAGUUUCAGAAGGGUUACUUUGAUUAAAUAUAAAAUUCAGGGGUAUCUGAAAAAUUGUGAAUCGAUAUUAAAUAAUUGUAUUUAUUCACUGUUUUAUCACAAAAAGGGAGAAAUAAAAUAUCCUUUUUCAUAUUCAUA